GAUUCCUCCCCCCAUCACGCUUCCACCCGUUUCUUCUCCCGGAGAACAGCAGGGGGGGGGGGGGGGAGUAGCUGCGCCGAUGGCACGCCAUGUUCAUCAAGGGAAUAAUGCUAAAGAAGGCAUUCAUAUAAAGCUGAAGGGUUUUGCAAUUGGCAAUGGACAAAGCAAUACACUGGUUAUGCACUGGGUACGGGAAUUAUUAAGGAAUCUGACUGCAAAAGCAUCGGCACUAUGUUCUAUCCAGCAUAUGAACUUGCCAUCAAACUUUGUGGAACGUCAAAGACUGUGUCUUGCUUGGCGUCAUGUCAUUUGCGACACCAUAGUCAGUUCAAUCACGAAACAGCUAGAAAUUAUUAUGACAUUAGGAAGCAAUGUGAAGGCAGCCUGUGCUAUGACUUCUCCUCGAGUCCCUUUAAGCGACAUCUAGCAGUUCGUCCGAAAGCUUGGAUUGAGCCGCGGUGGCUGCUGGACGGAGCCCCAGCCUCCACCCCGUACAGUCUCCUCAACCUGUCGAUGACGGGGCGGAACCCGGCGCGGAGCGGCACCACCGACGCCACCCGCAGGUGCUCCGCAUUGCCCUUCCUCGACCGGCUCAGCGUCAUCCUCAGCAUCUCCCCCUGAAGCAGCUCCCCGACCUUCUCCCUUGCCGACGGAUGCGCCCCCAGGAAGUCCGUCCAGUCGUCCGCGGAGCACCCCAUAAGCACCCUCGCCGCCCUGUCGAAGCACACCACCACCAUCACCCUGUCCACCGUGCCAACCGAUACCUACAGCAACCACCACCGCAGCGAUAAAGAAGUUGCAAGACCAUCUCUCGGGAGGACGCAAAAGAAAGACGAGAUCUUGGCGGAGGAAAUCACUACGAGGAGGCGGUAGACGUGCUUCGAGCCGGCGUUGGGGAUCCGACGGCUGCAGACGGGGCAGUUGGAGGCGGUAUCGGAGAGGGUCCGCUCGCAGAUGGAGCAGACACGGUAGCAGAAGGCGGACGUGUCUACGGCCACCACCGAGCAAUAGGGCGGUGUCCAUGGAUUCUCCGCCGCCGCCGACGACGACGACGCUCCAUAGGACGCCAUGGCGGUCUGUUUCGCCUCUUCUGAUGACCCGUGACCGGGCGUCCAUCACCUAGUAACGGGCCCGGUGUAGGCCCCACAUGUCACGUGACGAGUUCUUGAGUGGUUUUGGGUUCCGAUGACCUCGUGCGCCUAACUAAAGGUCCGCCUGGGAAGCGUCAAUUUGGGUGCGCCCGCAAAAAGUAAAGAAGAAGGCGUUCGAACGUAGCUAUUAUGGAGACUCGUGGUUGCGGCGGUGUCUUUCGUGGUGCCGGUGCAGAUUGACAGCAGCCACCGAGCCCUCUUAGUGAUUUCGGCCAGGGCUCAAGAUUUCUAAUCGUGCGAAGCUCUUCAAACAUGCUUGGAUUAGCUCCGAGGUAUCGAUUGCUGUUCAGACCGGUUGCCCAAGCUGUGGUUUGUUCACCAGAAUCUGUACCCAUCCCCUGUAAAAGAACCUGUUCUUCAGAUUAAUCAUGACAAUGUUACUCGUUUUCGGGAAUCAUAAAUUACUUCCAA